AUGGGCUCAGCCCCAACACCCCACACCCCCCUGUAUAAAUUUGUGGUGACGUGUGCUUUUGUGUGGGUUAGCUUAGUGAAAGCAAAACAUAGAGAUGAUGAUAAUGAUGAGGAAGGAGAAGAGGUAAAAGAGGAGUACUUUCGUUUUGCAGCAGAUUGUAGAGAUCGCUUUGAGUACCCUGUACCGGCAACGUACUUCGGAAAUUGCUUAACAAAAUGUUAUGCAGUGCUCAAGAGAAAGGAGCUCAAGGGAGAAGGUGGUUUUUUGAAGGCGGUGAAGGCUAUUGCAAGAGCAAUAACUGAUAUGAAAACUGAACCUCUUCAAGGUGCAGAAAAUUGGAGGGCAUUAUUGAGGAAAAUAUCUAUAUUGGGAAAUACGGUACUAGUUACAGGGUCACCUAACUUUACUGUUUGAGACUGAUUUUGGGUUUGGAAAACCUACCAAAGUCGAGAUGGUACAUUCCCCUAAGUGCAUGUCUCUUGCUGAAAAUGGGCUGUGGGGUGUUGGGGGUGCGGGGAA